AGAGCCAAAGAUGUUGGUUCGGUCAUGUGAUCAGCUGUGUCCAAUCACAGCUGAUCACAUGGCACUGAUGAUCAGUGUAGCCCCAGCAGUGCCACCUGUCAGUGUCCAUCAAUGCCAGCUGUCAGUGCUCAUCAAUACCACCUGCUAGUGCCCAUCAGUGCCACAUAUCAGUGCCUACCAGUGCACAUCAUUGCCACAUAUCAGUGCCUAUCUGAGUUGCCUAUCAGUGCCAGUCAGUGUCACCUAUCAGUGCUGCCAAUCACUGCCAGUCAGUGCUGCCUAUCAGUGCGCAUCAGUGCCACCUAUCAGUGCCAGUCAGUGCCGCCUAUCAGUGCCAUAUAUGAGAGCUGCCUUUCAGUGCACAUCAGUGAUGCCUGUCAAUGCCCAUCAGUGCCACCUAUCAGUGCCCAUCAG